AUGAUUGGUAGACAAAGAGCCAAUGAGACCCAAGUGCUGCCUCCCCCACCCACUCAGCAGCGUCAUAAGACUUCGUCAACAUUACGGGUUGAUGAUGGGCGUGGGAGCAAGCGGGCGGGCGAGGAGGCGUGGGAGGGCUUCAUUGUUCAGGUGUUUAAAGGCUUCUUUGUUCAGGUGUUUAAAGGCUUCAUUGUUCAGGUGUUUAAAGGCUUCUUUGUUCAGGUGUUUAAAGGCUUCAUUGUUCAGGUGUUUAAAGGCUUCUUUGUUCAGGUGUUUAAAGGCUUCUUUGUUCAGGUGUUUAAAGGCUUCUUUGUUCAGGUGUUUAAAGGCUUCUUUGUUCAGGUGUUUAAAGUCUUCUUUGUUCAGGUGUUUAAAGGCUUCUUUGUUCAGGUGUUUAAAGGCUUCAUUGUUCAUGUGUUUAAAGGCUUCUUUGUUCAGGUGUUUAAAGGCUUCAUUGUUCAUGUGUUUAAAGGCUUCUUUGUUCAGGUGUUUAAAGGCUUCUUUGUUCAGGUGUUUAAAGGCUUCUUUGUUCAGGUGUUUAAAGGCUUCUUUGUUCAGGUGUUUAAAGGCUUCUUUGUUCAGGUGUUUAAAGGCUUAUUUGUUCAGGUGUUUAAAGGCUUCAUUGUUCAUGUGUUUAAAGGCUUCUUUGUUCAGGUGUUUAAAGGCUUCUUUGUUCAGGUGUUUAAAGGCUUCUUUGUUCAGGUGUAUAAAGGCUUCUUUGUUCAGGUGUUUAAAGGCUUCAUUGUUCAUGUGUUUAAAGGCUUCUUUGUUCAGGUGUUUAAAGGCUUCAUUGUUCAUGUGUUUAAAGGCUUCUUUGUUCAGGUGUUUAAAGGCUUCUUUGUUCAGGUGUUUAAAGGCUUCUUUGUUCAGGUGUUUAAAGGCUUCAUUGUUCAGGUGUUUAAAGGCUUCAUUGUUCAUGUGUUUAAAGGCUUCUUUGUUCAGGUGUUUAAAGGCUUCUUUGUUCAGGUGUUUAAAGGCUUCAUUGUUCAUGUGUUUAAAGGCUUCUUUGUUCAUGUGUUUAAAGGCUUCUUUGUUCAGGUGUUUAAAGGCUUCUUUGUUUAG